AAAUAUAUUAUACUGCUAGUAUCACACAGGAUCCAUUAGAUGGAAGAGUUGAGUCAUUACUGUUUCAUUCAACAGAAGUAAGCCGGACUGUCACCACAACUGUCACCACAACUGGUCUGCUGACACUGCUCGAGGAAAAGGCCCCUACAAUCUUGAGAGAACAUGAAGACACAAAGACAUUGUCAAUUUCUUUGAGAAAGUUACUUGUUAAAGUGGCUGUGAGUGACCUUGUAGAAAAGCAUGGAUUCUAUCCAUCUGGUACAGAAAAGCUGGCACUGGCAAAGGAGAUUGUGUCACUGUUCCCCUCAUUAAGGAUUAAUGUCCCAUUUGGCGAAAAUGAAGGACAUGAGCAUUUUUUUGAUGGGCCAUCACACAGUGGAUUUAUAGAAAUGAGACUACGGAACAUCAGACGGAAACUUCAACAGAGCCAGCGGAUCUACAAUUUGAAACAACGUCUUCCUACAGACCAACCUUCUCUGCCGAUUACUGAUGAAACAGUGCCCACUGAGUGGUUGACCUUGAUAAAGAGGAUGCGACCCUCUCCAGAGAACUCAUCGUCAAUAAAGACUGCAAUUGACCAAACCUUCAGUUACCGUAGAAGAUGGAUAAUGACGAAAUCGCCAACUGUUGGUCAAAUCUUCAAGGAAUAUCCCAGAUUUCUGGACAUGCCAGCCUUGGUGGACAUUGAAUUUUCCAAGAUGACAGAUGGGAAAGAAGACAUGUUUAUCAAGAAAUGGGAGGGGACGAUUAUCCCAAAACUCAAGGAAAUAGCAUCCUUUGAGAAAAAAAUGUACAUCAGACACUUAUUGGAGAAAGCUGACAAUCAGCAGGAUGAUGAGCUGUGUUACACUAUGUUAAGGAUCCUCGUUCAUCUUCUUCCACCCACGGCAUCUGGGAGAAGCGUCGCCGGCAGUAAAUGCUGUGUCAAUUCUGCUAUCUCAUACUUGUUGGAACUGGUGCCGGUAUGCAUUGUGUUAGAUUUUUAUAAAGUUGCAAUGUCACAUGCAACAACAUUAUGAAUGUUUUAUAUGAUUAAUGUUUUGAAAUGCUUAUUUUUUUAUCAACAGUAUUUUUUACAGUAUGAAUUCCAUGUUAAAACCAGAAAAAAUGCAAAAUAAACAGUAUGUGA